UUCAUGUGUGAGAAAACGCCUGGUUAUUAGGAGACGAGAUUGUAGUUAAGAAUCCCUGAGGUCUAUGUUGACUCGUUCUGACCCUCGCAAUGGCUGGAGGCGACCUCUCUCUGGAACUGGACUUACACCUACUGGAGUGUCCAAUCUGCCUGGAGCGACUUCAACAACCCAAGUCCUUACCCUGUCUCCACUGCUUCUGUCAGGAUUGUCUCGGGAUCUAUAUCACAAAGGAACUGUCCGGAAAAAUGGCGUCGGCAACAUCCUUCCCUUGUCCGAUCUGUAGGAGGAUGACGUCUCCUAUGUACCAAGCAGAAACCAAGGAUAAAUGGGCUGAACAGUUCCCGACUAAUAAUGCGAUCCAGGACCUUAUCCAGCUCAGAGAACUUUCAUCUGAACCAUUGUACUGCAAACCCUGCCAGACAAAAGGUUACCUGAACAACCCAGCAAAAUUCUGGUGUAAAUCGAUGAACUUAAAUUUUUGCGAGGCUUGUAGGGAACAACAUCAUGAUAUCUUACAUUCUGACUGUGGUAUAGUCGAUAUCAAUAUAAACGAUAUCACCCGAUUUAAACCUAAAAAAUCUGCCCCUCGAUGUGACCGACACGACAAGAAAAUAGUUUGGUAUUGUGAGGACCACCAACUUCUGGGCUGCAACGUAUGCAUUUUUAAAGACCACAGGCGUUGUGAAGAGGUUUCAACAGUGACAGAAUAGUUUGUAGAGUUAAAAACAGGAACUAAACUAGAGGGUAUGCGGGCGGCGCUGAAAAAAGGGGCAGAUGUCAUGAACUCAUUAGUAAAGGACUUUGACGAACAACUCCAGACCAUGGUACAGAACCAAGAAAUCGCACUGCAGAGUAUCUCAGAUCUACGUGAAAAGGUGGACAAACGGUUGAACAAGCUUCAGAAGGACAUCACCGACGAGUUGAUCAUACUGUUCAAAGAAGAGAAAAGGAAUAAGGAGGCAUCAUUACAGCAGUGCGAACGUCUGAUGAAUAGUAUGUUAAAUACCCUGAAGUCGUCCAUUAAAGCCGUAGAGGAAAACGAAAAUAUUGAGACGAUAGUGUUGUAUCAGAGAGGACAGGCGAUAGUAGAGUCGGGUAAGACCCUGGUCACAGAGAUAAGCAAGUCCUUCACGUCCGUCAGCAUUGGGCAUCAUUUUGUUGCUGGACAUAAUAUCAUUAGUGAUAACGCUAUGGGAAAGAUCGUCGUUGACAAAGAACCACGAUGCAUCCCUUGUCACCAAUGUGAGUUUGCGCCCCCUAUGUUAGAACGUCGUGUGAAAGAAAUUAGAAGGUUCAAUAUCAAGUCCCCGGCAGAUAGAAAUGAUUGCCAUGCCCUUGGUGUUGUGUACCUGCCAUGUGCCCAAAUUGUAGUAAGUGAUUAUAAAAACAACAAGCUGAAGUUGUUUACAGACACAGGACAGUACCUCAACGAGUUGACCGUUCAACGAAAUCCCUGUGGUAUGUGUCUUGUGAACAACAACACGUUGGCGGUCGCUGUCAAGAGUCCUGGUGGUGUUCACAUCGUGAAUGUCGAGGCAUCAACACUUUCACUGUCGUCUGAGAUCAACAUGUCAAAUGGUAAAAACUGUUAUGGUAUAACACAUACUGACGGGAGGUUUGUCGUUGGUACAAGUGGGGAAGUAUACAGUGUGACAAAGGACGGAGCAGCCGGGUUGCUAUAUUAAUAUAACAGCACAUGUUUUUCCCUCACUCAUGAUCCAAUGAAGGGUGACACACUUGUCAGUGUAAGUAACAAAACUACGGGGGACGUUGCGGUGUCUAGACUGUCGUCUGACAAACGUCGUACGGAUGUGAUGGAGGUUGGUGUUGUUAGGCGUGCUAGGGGAAUAGACGUGGACAGGGAGGGUAACAUCUACAUGUGUGGUAAUGACUCACACAACGUCGUACAGAUGUCUGGGGACGGGACACAAGUCAGGGAACUUUUGACGUCAUCAGAUGGAAUGGGCUCUCCACGGGCAAAAGCUGUUCUUGGUGACACAUUUGUGGUCACU